AUGAAAUUUUCUGGUGCGCAAAAGCUUAGCUGGCUGAGUUUAGCAGUCGGCGCAGCAAGCGGCCGGCCGCCGGCCACCGGCGGCGUCAAGAAGCCGCACCGCUACCGGCCCGGCACGGUGGCCCUGCGCGAGAUCCGGCGCUACCAGAAGUCCACCGAGCUGCUGAUCCGCAAGCUGCCGUUCCAGCGGCUGGUGCGCGAGAUCGCGCAGGACUUCAAGACCGACCUGCGCUUCCAGAGCUCGGCCGUCAUGGCCCUGCAGGAGGCGUGCGAGGCCUACCUGGUGGGGCUCUUCGAGGACACCAACCUGUGCGCCAUCCACGCCAAGCGCGUCACCAUCAUGCCCAAGGACAUCCGGUCCCCUACCGGCCCAUGGAGAGCUUCACUGCAGGAUAGUCUUCCCCCAUCCAAAGGCUGCCAAGAGUCGCAUCCAGUUUUCCUAACAAUACAUAGGCUUUGAGGCACUGCCCUCCACCACCCUCGAUGUUGCCAAAUGGAUAAACUACUGGGAUUCCAUGGGUAGCUAUGACACCAUUCUGGAGCCCGAGAAAAGUUUCUCACAUUUGGGAUGAGCCUGAAGUCAAGGCUGUUGCCUCAGCGUAGUGUGUCACACCUUAACAUAUAAGGGAUGUUUCCCAUAACUAGUGCUAUUGAAGUGUAAAGUGUUGCUAAUCCCAAAGGCUGUUCUGCGUUACAGACUUAAAGGUGCAAGUGGAGUGAGGAAAACACUAUAUAAGUAGAGGAUUCUGGUGUGCUUUGACAAAGGGCUGCUUAGGAAUGGAGUGUGUAGUGGGCUCCUGACGAGCCUUGGUCUCCUCCCAGCGGGCAGGGUUAGGUAUGGAGGAAGGUCGAUUGAUGUGCAUCACACCUAACUUUUGUUGCUUUUGUAAGGAAAUAAGGAAAACCCCUGCCAACGGUUUUUAUUCCCCAGGGCACAGAAUCUUGCCUCCUACUCUCUGUUCACUGAUGAUGUCAUCUCAAAAAGGGGGGAAAAAACAUUCUUAGCGGUUUUUUCUUGAAUGUCAUGGACACCUUUGCCUGGUGACAUUUGUGGAAAUCAUUCUCAGAAUAAUAUUUGAAGUGCAUAAAAUGCAAAAAUUGCAAAAAAAAAAAAAAAUCCCAUUAGUUAUCAACGUAUUUUUAAGAAUAAAGUUGCUAGGACUGACAUGUGCCUAAACAGUGAACACAUUACAUAAUACAAUCUUGGUGAGCCUAAGUGCUAUCAAUAAUUAGACAAGUAAAAUAAUGGUUCAAGAUACUUUGGCAAUUGUUAUGAGAAAUGAGAUUAUCUGUGAUUUCCAUUGGGUGACAAACUCACAGGUACUAAGGUUGUGGCCUAAAUUCAUUAUAAAGGGAAAUGCUAAAGAUCAGUCAAAAGUAAAUUAUAUUUUUCCCCAUCCCAACUCAUGGGGUUUCUCCUCACUACCACCCCCCGCCCAACCAUGCACUGACGAUUUUUAUCCUUGGAGGUAUUUUGGCGUAUAUGGACUCCAGGUUAAAAACCCUUAUUCUAAAAUUUGGUUGACCUACCCAUGACUUUUCAACCUAAUUAUAAUUUUUCCCUGAAAGCACCCCUUCCUAUAUGGGAUUUCUUUAACACUUAAAGUCUAUUAAUAUGUCAUAUUAAUAUUCAUACCCUUUUUCCUAUUUCUUGUACUUAACUACUUUUUUUGAGGUAAAAUACUACUUUUUAAGGUAAAAACUACUUCUAAUCCUGGUAUACAUAUGACUUCUUGGAAUAAAAAUAAAUGCUGACAACAGGAUCUAACAAUGAUAGGUACUCAGAUGCACCCCACCCCACCCCCCAGUAGAAUAUUUGACUUUUUGAUGGGCUUUAUAGAAGCUGUGUGACCCAAAUAAUUUUACUCAUUAUUUAAUUGUUCUGUCCUUAAAUAUGUCUUCCCAUGAUAGGGAAAGAAAAAUGACUUUUCCUCUACUCUUCUGAGUGUUUGGCUGAGAUCCCUGUAAUAAAAGACAGCUGUCCCAAGAGAAAAACACACACAGCACAGUUUAUUAACAUUGUUAAACAACAGAAAUUCAACUGAGUAAAUUUAAAGGUCAAACUGGCUUUAUUCAAUGAUUCCUGGAUCAGGCAGCAUUCCAUCCAGCAAUAGAAAGGAGUUCCGCUGAGCUAUAGAAAAGGCUUUUAAAGGUGGAAAGGUGGCAGAAAAAGGAAAUUACUAGCAAAAAAUGCAUUGUUUCAGGCAAGGUCGUCCUCCUAAAGGGAUUGGACGGGCCACUGGGUGGAUUAUCUCACUAGCAGUCUAGGUUAAUUGCACUUGGUGAAAGGUUACAUUCCUGGGGGUGGGCGUGGGAAUCUGGGAGUGGGACUAUGAUGAGAUUAGGUGUUAAAUCUUAUUUUGCUGAUGUCGGGUUUAUACAACUGACUCCAUCUGGGGCCUGCUGUCUCCUUUCUAACAUGUGUACCUCAUGUACACAUGGAAGCUACACUGGGCACAACGAGGAACCCCCAAGGUGCCUUAGAAAUACCGCUUAAAUACUGUCUUCAGCUUGUCAGGGAGCAAGAAUUCCUGUCCCCUUCAAGGGUCCUUCUGGCCUGACUAAGAAUCCAAUUGACAUGAGAAAGAUUAACAAGAGAAAAAUCUAAUUUAAUAGCAUUUGUACAGGGAAUCCACACAGACCUGGAAAUUCCAAAGACAGGCAGAAGAAGGCAUCUAUCUCAUUCUGAACUAAGGAAAAGGGGUCUGGGGUUUCGAAGAGAAGGGAUGACCUGCAUGGGGCAGUAAGAAGAGCAGGUGUUUUGUAAUUAGAUGUUUGCCCUGCCGAACAGAUGGGUCACUCAGAUAACUUUUAUCUCUGUUCAUAAUCCUCUUCUGGGAAAGACCCCAAAUUAGACUCUUUUAUGCAGUUAAGGGAGGGACAAAAGUUUCUCUCAAGACCACACGGUCUUUAUUGUCUUCAGCUCAGAAUAAUCUCGGCAAAGUGGCACAUCUUUGGGGCAUCCUGCCCUCGGCCCCUAUAAACCGAAGACAAAAGGUGCAGGGAAGUCAGUUAUGGGAAGGUUACCAGGAAAACAAGAAUAAAGUUUGUUAGGCAGAUUUUAAGUUGGCACCUUCUCCAUUGAUAAGGGUUUAAAGCUGUUUACUGGUUUUGCUGGGUGAACUGGGAGACCCUGGGCCCUGAGGUCUGGACCCAACCCAUAUUAAAGAUAUCGCAGAAGGCUCUUGGUCUCCUCACGAGAAAGAAUUCAAAGGCAGACACAGCACAGUGUAUGAGGGGUACAAGCAGGAAAGUUUAUUCAAGCAAAAGUACACUCUCAAGAGAGCAUGGUGAGCUCAAGAGAGAGAACUGUGCAUCCUGCGGGCUGGGUUUCUAUCUUUUAUUGACAGUUGUUAACUAGGGGACAGAAUAUUUAUUACUUGGGGCUGGAAGCAGGGUUUUGAGCUUUUUCUUCCUCACUUGCUCAGGGCUUUCCUGUCGUGGCGCCACCAUCUUGGGCCUGUCUGGUGGGAUCCAGCCUCUCGUGGACGCUGCCAGGACAGGCCUCUGACCUUCCCCACAGCCGGCCACAGCCUCCUCCUUGCUGGCCUCCGGGCAUCCUGUUAGAGCCUAAACUAACUGCCUACUCUGACACUGGGAUUAACCUUUGUCCUUCCAGGUAGAGAGGGAAGGAGGGACAGCUUUGUAAAUCUACUUCCUGCUUUUAGGGAAAUAAGCAGGAAGACAAAGGGCGUUUCUUCUAUCUGCUUCAUCUCAAAUGCCUUCAGCUCAAAAUCAACCUUAUGCCAGAAUGGAACAUUUUGGGGUGGCCUAUUCUGCUACUUCUCAAUACUUAAUGCUAAUAUUUUGUGAAUAAUAGUACAGUAUUGGGUCUGUAUUAAUAAAAAAUCUGAAAUGUGCAUUAUAUUUCUAAAUGAUACACAGAAUAUUUCUAAACAAAAAGUUUAAAGCAAAUGAAAGCUCUCUCUUUACUUUUAA